GUAGUAUCAGAAUAUGAUUCAUCCGCAUCCGAGUUACCAGGUUACCAGGUUACCAGGUUACCAGACUACAAGGUAACACCUUAUACCCCUGCUACCUUAUUUAGAAUAAUGCUUGUUUUAUUAUUGGAUGCGCCUGAUCAUUUCUUAAAUUCUCUUAAAUCAUUUAAAUAUUCAGCGUCAGCAGUCUACACUUAAGGAGUGUUAUGUGUGCAAAAGUGAGAGAAGAGAGCGACAGAGAGAAAAAAAAGAAAAAAUUUAGAAAGGAGGAGAGAACUAAACUUCAUACAGACAACUCAUCUAGGUUAGGCGCAGAGAAGACAAACACCACCAUUCAUCCUCUAUAUUCGAAGUGUUGAGACACUUGCUUGCUUCCUUAGCUCGUGGGUCGUGGGCCGUGGGCUGUGGGUGUUUGAACGCGAAGCGAAGUUCUAGCUUCCUCUAUUAUAACUCCUCCAGCGCUAUCGCUAUCAUAUAUCAUAUCGCCAGAACACCAGAACACCAGAACACCAGAACACCAGACCACCAGACCACCAAGGCCUAGCUAGCACCUCAUCGCAGAUUUGGCCGAAACUACCAGGUGUAAAUACGAAGAAUACAAUAAAACACAACUAUGUCGAGGUCACCGCAGACCCCUACGCACUCGCCGAAACCGUCCAGUAUCGACCUAUCUUAUCAGAACUCCAGCCCCGCCAUGUCGCCCAACAGUCGGCGGGAGUCCAAGUCUUCCUUCCAAGAUCCCCUAACGCCCCUACGUAACAGUAUGAAUGAGUCUGAGCUUAAUGAGCUCAGCGGUGGUGGUAUGGGCCAGGAUAACGGGCUAGGAAAUUUGGCCGACGAGUUGGCAGAUGCCUUGUCCGGUUCUGGAGAGGAUGAAGAGUACUACGAAGACGAAGAAGGACCAUCGCAUGCUGAAUUUGAACAAGAGGGAGACGGUGCUCGGGAACCGAUUGAUGGAACUAGGGAUAGCGGAGUUGACGUCGCAAGCCAACCUGAUCAGCAUGGCAGAACCAAAAGUACAAGCCUAGGCAUACCUUCACCUCCUGCCCGCGGCCACCGACGAGCAGGAAGUGCGUAUGACGGGAGCGAGUAUGGUUCCGAGUCCGACUUAGAGUCACCCGGCAUGCCCCCAAGCUUAGUCGCCAAGAUCGAUGCCGUCGAGUCGCUAGCCCGGAGAGGCACUGAGAACAAUGGUGGUCCUACUGAUGGUGUGUUUCAGCGUCUGACUGAGGGAUUGAGAGAUCUUGGAUCACAGUCUGGUGUGGAGGGAAGCACAACGAGACUGAUCACCGCUCAUUCGGCCCUUGCCACGCAUCUGGCUCACCAGACCCGACAAAUUCACAAUCUGACAUUCCCUCUGCUAUCGCCGCUCGUCCCGCCUCCUGACUCCGAUACCAUCGAUUCACUCAUUCCUCUGCUCGCCUCGGUAUCGGACGAAAUGCCACGACCCGCAACGUCGGCAUUCAAUUCCUUGGCUGCUCUGCAUUCCGUCACGUCAGACUUGGUACAGACUCUGAACUACCUCUCGGACACUCUACAUAUGUCGCGGCAGACAACCAAUACUGCCACGAGACGAUUACGAACGGCCAAGGAGAUGGUAGCGGAGAUGAAGCGAGAAGAGGAACUGAAGGAGGAAGGGGAAAGGUGGCUGACCAAGGGUAACUGGGGCGAGAGGCUGCAAAAGCGUGAGUGCGCUGGCGUAUGCAGGGAAGUCGUUGGAGGGUUCGAGGAAGUUUGCAAUGGUUGGAGGGCACGCCUAUUGGCGCAGGCAGAAUCGGCAUAGAAACGACAUCGUAUGGGGUAUGUGUGGUAUGAAACAUGCAAGCACAUUUUGCUUCUAACGGAGAGUUAGGACUGUCGUUAUAAUAGGUGGGCUAGACGACAACCCUCUGCUCUUUUCUUUCCUUUUGUCACUUCGGCAUUGCGGCGGAUAAAUAUCGUUUGCACUCAAGAGCCUCGGGGGCGUUGAUUUAGGAUUUGAACGGCUCUCGUAGUCAAUGGGAUAGACAUAAAGAUAUGCACGGAACUGCAGUACUCGGUCAUUGGUCUGCAUGUCGAACGCACAAUAGACAGAACCCAACCACCCUUUCGGAUGCUAAUGUAGAUAUUCUAUCCUACACAACUGUACAC